AGCAGAUUUUGGCCAGGGCCAGGGGGGGAGCGAGGUCUCAUCGACUUGACGAUACCACCAUACACAGCAACACCACGCAGUCUCUUACAUACACAUCCGUCUAUCCAUCAUGCAUAAUCUCGCUGUCGCUCUCUGCCUCUAUCUCGGUCUGUCGGUCUCAUCCACACAUACGGCAUACUCGCAAAUUUGCAUCUCUCUCAUCUUAUGCCGGCGGGCAUAUGCAUGUGCGCAUCUAUUUUUGAUGUACGCAUAUGUAAGCGUGUAUACACACCCUCAUGUGCUCCAUCCAUGUCAGGCUCGUCGACCCGGGAUGACGUUUAGCCACACUCUCCCCCUUCCCCUCUCCCCGGCCAGCAUCCCUACCCGGCUGUCGUUCAGUCACGUCGAUUCGUAGCCUAUUUGACCCCCAAGUGCCGCCCAGGACGGCUCUACUCCAGUGUUCGUACGAAUCGUAUCGUCCACCCAAGUCACUACAAAGCCGCCAAGCGGACAAGCCGUUUCAAAUGGCGAUCGACGCCGAUUUGCUUGGCGACAACCAGGGUCCCUCCAAUGCCACACCUCAAAUUAGAAGGGGGGGGGGAGUCCAGGCCGUGCACAAUACAUAUGGAGGUGACUAACAAAAACUGAAAGAAAAUAAAUAAAAACGCGCGAUGGUAAGGAGAUCGAAUGAGAUCAAAUUGCAACAACACCCAUCUGCCCCGUCGACGAUGCUACCAUCGCAGUGGCAUGGCGGUACCUUGCAGACGGCAAGCCAGCAAAAGGGGAACACCCCCCCGAGCGCGGGAAACCCGGUAACGGACUAUGAGUAGAUAUAUAUGUAUAUAUUAUAUAAAUGUUACGUGUAAUAUACAAGUAUGGAAUCUAUCUAUUCAUCUGAAUACUAC